AUGGUAGAAUCAGCAGCACGGGAUGUUAAGUUAGGGGACAGCGAUGAUGAUAUAUUCAUAGAUCAAAUAAAGAGCAAUAUAGAUGCAAACAAAGCACAUCAUGACAAAAUUCAAGAGGAUGAAAUUAGCUCUGAAAGCAACAUCAAUUCUUUGAACGCAGACGAUACAAAUUCUGUUGUUUCUGAUAUUUCACCAGAGAGUUUAUCGGAAUAA